AUGAAGAUCAUCUGGACUUUCACUCUGCUGAUGAUUCCUGGUGUGGUGAGCUACAUUAGUGUUACAGGAUAUUCAGGAGGAAAAGUCAUUAUCACAUGCAAAUAUGAAAGAAAAUAUACAGAAAAUGCAAAGUAUUUUUGUAAAGGACAGAAGCCAGUUACACCACAGAUUGGAUGGUGCUCAGACCUCAUCAAGACUGAAGAGAAAAAUGAAUGGGUUGAUUCUGGAAGAUUCUCUCUGUUUGACGACACAAGAGCAGCAGUUUUCACUGUGACCAUCAGAGAUCUGAGUGAAGAGGAUUCUGGGACACACCAGUGUGGAGUCGAUAUCCGUAUCAGUGAAGAUUUCUACACUGAAGUGAAUCUGAACAUUAUAACAGAGACAAACUAUAACAGAACAUCAUCAUCUUCAUCUUUCUCACCAGGAGAAUCUCCACUGAUCUCAUCUGCGUCUCCUGCUCUUCUCUGA